AUGGGGGAUGAUGAGCGAAAUGCCAAGUUGGUGGCAGAGAACUACGCCAUUCGAACAGCUUGGGUUCGAGCAAGGCAGCAGACCGCCAACCUGGAGAUGAUGUUGCGCAAUUUGAAGGAGACAUUAGACUCCUGUCUUGAGCUUGGAGCAGAUAGAUUGGAAACUCUGGCCGAAGACCGAAGUAAUGUAAUAUCGACGAAGUCCACCCAGGAAACCCAGCCCAUCUCGGGCACUCCAAACCAGUCCCCACGAUCAAGCAGCCGACAACAAGACCAAGCCAGCCCUCAUGACUCCCACGACUUUGAAAUAGCCACAUCUCGUUGGGUUGAUCAAAACUGCAACCAGAAGCAGCUCGAAUCAAGUAUGGUACAGGACCAGUCCUUGCAAGAAUUCACAGCGGAGACACAACUGGUUGCCCCAGUCAUGGAACCAAACACGAACCAUGAACCAACCACGUGGUGGUCCCCGCUGGAUCUCAGUCAGACCUUGCUUGACACCCAACCCGGCACUGGGACGCAUGGCAUCGCUGAACUCUGGACUUGCAGUGCCCUCCAAUCUCCCGGACUGGAAGCCCCUGCUCCCAUCCACUUUGAGUCCCAUGAAAUGUCCAGACCGUGUCUCGUACGUGAGCUGGACCCACCAUCGGUUUUUUGCGAUUCGCCAUCCGCCUACCUGGAAGCGAUGGAAUCAUGUUUGACUGCCUUUGUCCGCUUUCUUGGUGCAAAGGCGACGGAAGAAGUGGUUCUCAAGGGAUGCCUCGCCCUGAUGAUACUUUUCAGUCGAUAUGUCUGGCCAGGCCCUUCAGAAAUGUGGUUUGGCUCCUUUUGUUACGCUAUGGCUGAGCACAUGUUGUUCUGGCGAGCCGGCUCGAUGACCAAAUUUGCAAAACGACCACCCGCAUAUCUGAUGCCCAACGAGUUUCAGGAGACAAAGCGUCCCCCUCCCAUGAUUUCCUGGAUCUGCAUUGAGCCACUACGGAACCAGAUCAUCCGGCACGCCAGCCACACGCGGGAUUUCGACUCAAUUUGGAUUGACUGCAUGGCAUAUGCCGUGGUCGAAAUCGAUGACAUCUCCACUAUCCUUACCGGCGUCGAACCUGGACCCGGCUUCCUGGGAGCUUGGAACCUAUUUGAUGCCAUCAGUCAAUCACCAUGCUCGGAUACAUUUCAGCAAAGCAAGUGCCAGUGGACACAGGGGAACAGCUUCCCUGAGCUUUCUGCUCUCGACAGUGCCGGGCUUCUACCAGUGUAUAGAAUGCAACUCCCCGACGAGCCAGAAACCUCGUAUGGAAAGGCUCCGCGGCUAGGUUACUGGGAACCCGUAUCGCUGGCGGACCUCCUCGCCAGCCCUGAAUUGGCGCGGAAGCUAUAUUACCACCUAGAACUGUACAAGUCGCACUGUUCUUGGAAACUCGAUCCCUCUUUCUUCCAAAAGCACCCCGCUUUGAGAUGGCCAGGUUACGAGAAGUUCACGGCACCUGGACGUGGUUUUCGAUUGACCCCUCACUCAAUCUCCAUGCCCAUCCGGCAAACACGAGAAGAGGUCCUCUCUCAAUUUCAACAGGCGCUAUUUGAGAUGCACCCACUACGAGUACUCUGA